AUUCAUUGCAAUAUUAUUACGCUGAGUCCGCAUAUGAGUUGUAAGAGAUGCUCCGUAACCAGGCUGAGACUCAACCUCCUUGUCAUGCUGAGCAGUACUAGCCACGGAAUCCCUCUACGCUGCCACCCCAUGCGCCGACAAUGGACCGCGACAUCCAGAAUCUUGCCCAUAACCAACCGCUGUCCAUGACCUCGCCGCGUAAUGGAGAUCCUCUGCAGUCGGACGACCUACCAUCGAUUCCACCCCUCGAAGUACACAAAACAAGACCGUUACAGACCGAAGAAUCACCGGAGGCCUCCACUACAAGUCUACCAAUCCGCACUUCCAGUCCGCCUGCCUUAGGUUCGCGGCGGUCGAGUGCGCUGUCUGGCGUCCUCUCCCGCUCCGGCUCCCCCAAUGGAAGGCUGUCAUUGUCGUUUGCAAGAUUUGGAAAAUCUCUGAUAAACAGUCCAUUGGGAAACCCAGUAGAGGGCUACGAUGACACAAGGUCUCUGAUCGUCCGGGCGUUUUCGCCCACCGUCGCAAUCUAUGCCGCUGCAGAGGUUGACGAGCUUGCCGCUCGGAAGGGGCUCAAACAUGGAUUCGUGGAGUUAGUGCGGCCAUUCGGCGACCGGAUUGUCGGCAAAGUGGUGGUCCGAGACAGUACAGGCGCAAGUCGUACGUGGGAUGACUUCGGCGUACAUUUCACUGAUCUCGGCGAACUGGCGAGGACGGACUCGUCGUCGGGUUCAGAAGUAAAUAAUCUUGAGAAGUUGGAGGAAUUGAUGGAUCAUUUUGUGGGAGAUGGCUUUGAUGAGGCCGCCGACACACCCGGACGAGGCGAAGUUUCUCACUUGUACAAGCUAUUCCUCUCCAGACUUCUUUGCUCCCAACCGAUGAGUCCUCAUGAAACCUUUCGGCACCCGGUAGGUGCUGUUAUUGCCAUCAGCUCCUCUACGCAACAACCUAUCGAAACACUACGGAAUCUCUAUCAACAAACAGCGCAGGGUGCACAGGCUUUGCCUGCGUAUGCCAAUCCCGAAUACCUGAGAUAUUAUGUCCUGGUCCAUGACGAGGACAAAGAUGAUCUAAGCAAAUCCAAUGCAUUGUUCGAUCAAAUGAAGAGGCAUUUUGGUCUCCAUUGCCACCUACUUCGAUUGCGAUCUGCAUCAUGCACUCAGUCUGAUGAUGACGCCGAGGAGCUUCCUGCCGGCGAGUGGCUAUCAGCUCAAGAGCAGUUGUCCAUGUUGAAGGAUACUGCCGACUUGAUUGAUCUCGAUAUCCCGACCUCCCCAUAUAUCUUCUCUUCUGAUGCAUCGGCUCUGCGUUCUUUUGUUCGUGAACUCACAGCACAAUCCAUAGUUUACCAUAUGGAGCAAAGGAUCGCUCUCUGGAAUGACCAAGUGGCUUCUCGCCGCCGGGGCAUUUCGGGCCGGUUCAUGUCUCUCUCGAAGCGGUGGACUGGAAUUGGGGUAUCUUCACGCAAUUCAUCAUCGAGCACCAACCUGUCCGGCUCUGGAGCAAGCGGGAACUAUGACAGUUUGCAGGGAACUUAUCGUUGGGAUGCACCCGAAAGCCUUUUGCGUAAGCUAGCGGAUUAUGCGUUCAUGCUGCGGGACUACAAAUUGGCUGCUUCGACCUACGAGCUCCUACGCUCCGAUUACUCCAAUGAUAAGGCCUGGAAGCAUCUAGCUGGCGCUAACGAGAUGUGUUGCAUCGCAACCCUCCUCAACCCCCUGACCAGCAGUGGAAGUUCAAAAUUCAAGCUUGAAAGCUUCGACACGAUGCUGGAAACGGCGAGCUAUUCUUACUUGACCAGAUGUUCAGACCCUGCACUGGCACUGCGCGCUAUCCUUCUGGGCCUCGAACUUCUUAAAGUGCGAGGGAGAGCGGCAAGCGAGGUUGCGGCGAAAUGGGCGACUCGAGGUCUUGAACUUGGCCUCGUCGGCAGUGUGGGACACGUACUUGUCAGCGAACGGGUGGCAUCCUGUUACGCUGACCGGAUCGGCAUUGGCAACACUGGCUGGGGAAUGCGCAAAAGGAAAGCUGCCCUUUGGAGUGUGAUGGCCGCGGAUGAGUGGAUGAAACUAGGAAGGGCAGAGAUUGCUGCGCAAAGGCUCGACGAAGCGCAGGAGUUAUACAACGAAACCAAUCACAGCGAAGCGAUCAAGCAGUUCAAAGAACUCGCGGCAUAUCUGGAGCAGUUGCGUCUUGCUGUGCGGAUCAAGCUGGGAGAAGCGAGAAGACGCGGCUUCAGCGGCGCCACACGGCAACUCGAGUUAGAAGUCGAUGGGCGGGGCGACGGUGAAGUCGAGGAUGAGACAUUAGAGGAGAUGAACCCUCUGGAGAAGCAUGACAGCAGGCUUAACAGGAUCAGUCUGGUGGGAGCUGCGUCAGGAUUGCCCAACCCUAUCGACUCUGGAGCACCCCAAAGUCCCGUUCGAUUAAGUCGACCGGACCCGCUGUCUCGGGGGGAUGAUGAUUUCGAGUGAGCGGGAACUUGAAUGCAUCGGAAGGGACGUUGCAUAUCUUCUGAGAUGUACAAUUCGAAUUAGACGACUUUAUGGUAACUGUUUAGCAUGCUAGUAGUAAGAAGGCGAAUUUGACGGCAGCUUACAACUUGUA